GACGGAGGCUAAAUUGAAAGCUUAUGUGGAAGAAAAAAGGAAAAAGCUUUCGUGUGGAAUUGUGGGACUUUGUUUGGUUUUCCCCCAACGAGACACAAAGAAUGCGAGCUUUUUCCUUUUUCCUUUUUCCUUUUUCCUUUUUCCUGGGACUUGACGGGAUUUCUUUCUUCCAGGAGAACUAAAAGCCACUUUGCUGGAAUGUUGGAACGUUGGAAUGUUCUAAUGUUCUCGUCGCUGACAUGAAGCAAAGACAAGAACCUUUCAACUGAGCAAGCGACGCGUGUUGGCGUGUCGGCGUGUUGGCGUGUUGGCCAUGAAGCGUUGGCGGGACGUUGGCGUGUCGCUGCUGGUCUUCAUGUCCUGGCUGGGAUGCGUGACGCCGCAGGUCAACCCAAGUGUGUGUCGCUAUCCUCUGGGUAUGUCCGGCGGGCAAAUUGAGGACGAGGACAUCUCUGCCUCCAGCCAGUGGUCCGAAUCCACCGCCGCUCGAUACGGCAGGUUAGACUUUGAGGAGGGCGACGGCGCGUGGUGUCCGGAGAUCACGGUGGAGCCGGACCACCUGAAGGAGUUCCUGCAGAUUGACCUGCGUUCGCUCCAUUUCAUCACCCUGGUGGGCACCCAGGGCCGCCACGCGGGGGGCAUGGGCAACGAGUUUGCGCAGAUGUACAAGAUCAAGUACAGCCGCGAUGGCAGCCGCUGGAUCUCCUGGAGGAACCGGCACGGCAAGCAGGUGAUCGAGGGGAACCGGAACGCCUAUGACAUCGUGCUGAAGGACCUGGAGCCGCCCAUCAUUGCCCGCUUUGUCCGCUUCAUGCCCGUGACGGACCACUCCAUGAACGUGUGCAUGAGAGUGGAGCUGUACGGCUGCCAGUGGCUGGAUGGCCUGGUGUCCUACAACGCUCCAGCCGGCCAGCGCAUGAACUUACCCGAGCAGACGGUCUACCUCAAUGACUCGGUGUACGACGGCGCCGUCAUCUACAGCAUGACGGAGGGUUUGGGUCAGCUGACGGACGGAGUGUGCGGGCCGGACGACUUCACGGAAGGCGACGUUUACCGAUCCGACUACGUGGGCUGGAGCAACCAGAGCUUCCCCGACGGAUACGUGGAGAUCAUGUUCGAGUUCGAUCGCGUACGAAACUUCACCACGAUGAUGGUUCACUGCAACAACAUGUUGACGCUCAAGGUCAGAGCCUUCCGGCGGGUCGUCUGCUACUUCCGCUCCGAGGCGGACUGGGAGGCCACGCCUCUUUACUUCAGCGCUGCCGUGGACGAUGACGACGAUGACGACGACGACGCCGACGCACGCUUCGUCACGGUCCAGCUCGCCAAUCACAUGGCCAGCGCCAUCAAGUGCCAUUUCUACUUUGAAGAUGUCUGGCUUUUGUUCAGCGAGAUCACCUUCCAAUCAGAUACGGCCAUGUAUAACACAACGCUGGCUCCUCCCAAGUCAGGUCUUCCACCCGUACUUCCACCAGAGGAUGACCCCACCCACAAAGUGGAUGACAGCACCACCCGUAUUCUGAUUGGUUGCCUGGUGGCUAUCAUCUUCAUCCUGGUGGCCAUCAUUCUCCUCAUCUUGUGGAGGCAGGUGUGGAGGAAGAUGCUGGAGAAGAGCGAGACGUUUGCCUACAGCCACAACCAGCCCAGUAGUAGUAGCAACAACAGCAGCAGCAGCAGCAGCGAGCAAGAGUCCACCUACGAGCACAUCUUCCCCCUGCAGGCCCCGCACUACCAGGAACCCUCCACCGUCAUCUCCAAGCUGCCCCACGCAGCACCACAACCAUCUGCCUCCAGCAGCACGAUGGCGUCCACCACCACCGCCCAAGACGGAGCUCCUCACUACGCCGAGGCAAACGUGGUCAACCUGCAAGGCGUGACGGGCGGCAACACCUACGCCAUCCCCGCCUUGACCAUGGACCUCCUCUCAGGGAAGGACGUGGCCGUGGAGGAGUUCCCACGGAAACUGCUGACCUUCAAGGAGAAGCUGGGAGAGGGACAGUUUGGAGAGGUGCACCUUUGUGAGGCGGAGGGCAUGCAGGAGUUUCUGAGUCAAGAUGUUUUAGUGGAGGAGGAGAAGGAGGAGAAGAAGGAGUGUGUAUUAGUGGCGGUGAAGAUGUUGCGCUGCGAUGCCAACAAAAAUGCCAGGAAUGACUUCCUGAAAGAGGUAAAGAUCAUGUCUCGUCUGAAGGACCCCAACAUCAUUCGCCUUCUGGCCGUGUGCAUCUACAGCGAGCCUCUGUGCAUGAUCACCGAGUACAUGGAGAACGGCGAUCUCAACCAGUUCCUGUCCCGCCACGAGCCGGAGGGACAGGUGGCGCUGCUCAGCGAGGCGGCCACCGUCAGCUUCAGCAAGCUGUGCCACAUGGCGGCUCAGAUAGCAUCAGGCAUGAAGUACCUCUCCUCCCUGAACUUUGUCCACCGAGACCUGGCCACACGCAACUGCCUGGUGGGCAGCGACUUCACCAUCAAGAUCGCCGACUUUGGCAUGAGCAGGAACCUCUACAGCGGCGACUACUACCGAAUCCGAGGCAGAGCUGUGCUGCCCAUUCGAUGGAUGUCCUGGGAGAGCAUCUUGCUGGGCAAGUUCACCACAGCCAGUGACGUGUGGGCCUUCGCCGUGACGCUGUGGGAGAUCCUGACCUUCUGCAAGGAUCAGCCCUACGCCCAGCUCACCGACGAGCAAGUCAUCGAAAACACCGGCGAGUUUUUCCGGGAUCAGAAAAGACAGAUCUACCUGCCGCAGCCGGGCCCGUGCCCGGACUCGCUCUACAAGGUCAUGCUGGGCUGCUGGAGGAGGAACGCCAAGGAGAGGCCGUCCUUCCAGGAAAUACACCUGACCCUUCUGGAGUUACAACCCGAGGCCGCCGAGGCCGCCGUGACCGCUUAGACGCAAGCAGGAAUGCUUUGCAUGUGCCGAUGGCGGGGGCGCUUCUCCGGCGAGUCACCUUCUGCACUUUUCAUCCUGUUCUUGUUCCUCACCAAGAACUUUAUUGUGGGAGCGAUGGGACGGAAUGUCGGGAAGAAGAAGAAGAAGAAGUACUUUCCACCAUAUUUACAUCUUCAUAUCCGUUCUCUUCUAUUCAUAAUCAGGAUGUUGGAGGCGGCGCUGCUUCUCCGCAGCGAGUGUUGCCAUGGAAACCAAGGGUGGCGUCAGGUGAUGAAGAGCGUUGUGCAUGUACUAGAAAAGAGCUUCAACCAGGAAGAAACACUUUUUUUUACACUUGUAUUUAUAUCAACAAGUUAUUUCUUUCGCUUUUUUUAUUCUUUUACUAGUUGAUGAUAAAGAGUGGAUUUUGGGGUAAAUAUGCCAUGCCCUAAAAACACGAUUUUUAUACAGAUUUGCACAUGCUAAUGCUAAUAAUGGUAAUGGUAAUGGUAAUGGUUUAAUUUCAUUUGAACAUGCAUCAGAUUCCAAUUGAAUGCAUCCCAUAAUCAAUUCCCAGUUCCACAUGUCCAAAAGGAGUAGGAAGAAGCAAAGCUUAUUAAAUCCUACCCCUCCAUCUGGUACUUUUACAAUCACUAACUCUUACAUUUGUUCACUUCCUGCUUUCAUAAUAUAGUUUAAGGUUUUUUGUUUGUUUGUUUGUUUUUUUUGUCAAAUCCGUUCCCAGUUCCACAUUCCAAAAGGAGUAGAAGAAACUGUUACAUUUGUUCACUUCCUGCUUUCCAUAAUAUAGUUUAAGGUUUUUUUUUGUUUUUUAUUUUUGUCAAAUCAAUUCCAAGUUCCACAUGUCCAAAAGGAGUAGGAAGAAGCAAAGCUUAUUAAAUCCUACCCCUCCGUCUGGUACUUUUACAAUCACUAACUCUUACAUUUGUUCACUUCCUGCUUUCAUAAAAUAGUUUAAGGUUUUUUUAAAUAUUUUUUUAUUUUUUUUUAUUUUUGUCAAAUCCGUUCCCAGGUCCACAUGUCCAAAAGGAGUAGGAAGAAACUGUUACAUUUGUUCACUUCCUGCUUUCCAUAAUAUAGUUUAAGGUUUUUUUUUGUUUUCUGUUUUUUAUUUUUGUCAAAUCAGUUCCAAGUUCCACAUGUCCAAAAGGAGUAGGAAGAAGCAAAGCUUAUUAAAUCUUACCCCUCCAUCUGCUACUUUUACAAUCACUAACUCUUACAUUUGUUCACUUCCUGCUUUCCUAAUAUAGUUUAAGGUUUUUUUUUAUAUUUUUUUUGUCAAAUCAGUUCCCAGUUCCACAUGUCCAAAAGGAGUAGGAAGAAGCAAAGCUUAUUAACCCCCCCCACGUGUGGACAGGGCCUAAAAAGCGAAUAAAAAACAUCAAAACUGGAAAAUCAUUUUACAAGAAUAAAGUCAAAAUAUGACAAGAAAAAGGUUCUCCACUAGGUCAUUCAUCUUGUUUGUCUUGUUUUCGUUUUUUUUUGCAUUUUAUGGUCUCCAUCGUGACUACCGCUCCAAAGUUUGGGAUGACUCGGAAAUGUUUUAGUCCGGUCUGAGAUCUGGCUUUUUCUUGGCAGUCCUGCUAUGAAGUCCAGCAUCCUGAAGUGGCCGCUUCACUGUUGAUACUGACACUGGUGUUUGACGCCUACUAUUUAGUGCAGCUGCCAGGUGACCACCUGUCUUAAACUACACACUCUCACAUAUUUGUCUGCAGCCUUUUUCUGUCCUUGUUAGACCCAGUUUGUGCUAU